UUUUGAUGAGAAUGAUGCGCUUUCCAUAAAAAAUGCUCAAAAAUAUUUUAAAAUUCCUCAAAUGAAAGGAAACUUGACUUUUAUACAUUCGAAUUUUGCAUGUCUUCCCAUAGCUAUAACGCGUCUACAAAAACAAGGUAUACUCUUAUCUGAAGGUAUUGCAAUCAUACAAGAUAUUUCAUCAAAGUUUAGUCAAUUAACAGGUACCGCUGGAAUUGAUAUUAAUAAAAAAUUACAAACAGUUCUCAACAAAAACAAAGGAUUUCAAAUUUUUUGUAAUAUUUCAAAAAUAUUAACUGGCGAAGAAGAGAAUGUAGGUGAUUUGGAUAUACCAGAAGAUUUAACCAGUAGCGACAUGGCGUAUUUUAAGUUUGCACCAAUAACAUCCGCAGAUGUAGAACGAUCGUUUUCUUUAUAUAAGAAUAUAUUGGCACCAAACAGGAGGUCUUUCAAGUUUGAAAAUCUCAAAAAAUCAUUAAUCGUACAAUGCAAUAAUUACUUUAGAGAUGCCGUAAAUGACGAUGAUGAAGAUCGCAAUCAAUUUAAAUUUAUAUAA